CGUUUAGGCUUGCCUCCUUCAAACUGCCUUCGGUUCCUUCCCGACUACAAGUCGUUUCCAUUUCUUCACCGGCAAUCGCAUUGAGUAGCUCUACAAUCUCUGCAAUACAUUCUCAACUGGAUUUUGUGCUUGCAAGAAAAUAGCUUCGAUCAAUCUGGACAUAACUGUAUCUUGGCUGGUUAAAAUAUUGAUCUUUGCCAAAACAUUGAAGGGGGAAGGUAUCAUUAAAAUGGCAUAAGAUUUUCUCACAGGUUGUACAUCCAUGGAGAGUUCAUCUGUGUUGCUUGGAUCCAAGGGCCUAAUAAGGAAACAUGAGUUUGUUAGAGUCAUUAUUCAAUGCUUACAUUCAUUUGGUUACCAAAAAUCUGCACUAUGUUUGGAAGCGGAAUCUGGUAUUUCAUACAAAUCUAGUGAUUUCAAGUUGUUGGAGUCUCAAAUUUUCAGUGGUAAUUGGUAUGGUUGCAUUGACACAAUAAAUGGCAUCAAGGAUUUAACUGAUGAUGUAAGAGUUUCCGCCCUGUUUCUUAUACUAAAACAUUGUUUGCUUGAGUACUCUAACUGUGGGGAUGAUGCAUCAGCACUAACUAUGUUGCGUAAAGAGGCUCCAAUUUUCCAUUUUAGUAGAGACAAAAUCCACAAGCUUGCUUACAGCAUAUUUACUUCUAAGAACACGAAUUUGGAUUAUUCAAAUGACAAUGUCAUUCAUGAACUAAGAAAAAAGUUGCUGCGAGAUUUGGAAAAAACUCUUCCUCCACCAACUUGUUUGCCGGAUAGAAGGUUAGAGCAACUGGUUGAAACCACUGUAAUGGCGCAGAUUGAUUCAUGUAUGUACCAUAAUUUUUCGGGUGCAGUUUCAAUCUAUGAGGACCACUGCUGUGGCAGGGAUCAAAUACCAACAGAGACAAUUCAGGUUUUGACCGAACAUAAGAAUGAAGUUUGGUUUGUUCAGUUUUCUAAUAAUGGAGAAUACUUGGCCUCUGCAUCCAGUGAUUGCUCGGCUAUUAUAUGGAAGGUGUUGGAAGAUGGUAAACUGACGUUGAGACACAUACUUAGGAGCCACCAAAGUCAAGUUUCCUUUGUAGCAUGGAGUCCUGAUGAUUCAAAGUUGCUCACAUGUGGACACGCCGAGGUCCUCAAGUUAUGGGACGUUGAAACAGGUACCUGCAAGCACACAUUUGAAGAUCAUGGCUUUAUUGUCAGCUCGUGCGCAUGGUUUCCCGACUCAAAGAGACUUGUUUGUGGCAGUGCUGACCCUGAGAUGGGUAUUCACUUGUGGGAUUGUGAUGGAAACGAGAUAAAGGCCUGGAGAGGUACAAGGAUGCCUAAGAUAUUGGAUCUUGCAGUAACCCCCGAUGGAGAAAAUCUUAUAAGCAUUUUUUUGGAUAAAGAAAUCCGUAUUCUUAAUCUGGAGACGAAUGCUGAAAGAGUCAUACCGGAGGACCACUCUAUCUCAUCGUUAUCAAUCUCAGGAGAUGGCAAGUUUUUCAUUGUCAACCUCAACAACCAGGAGAUACACAUGUGGGAUGUUGCAGGGGAGUGGCAGCAGCCGCUGAAGUACACCGGCCACCAACAGAAUAAGUACGUAAUUCGGUCCUGCUUCGGUGGGGUUAAUAGUGCAUUUAUCGCCAGUGGCAGUGAAAAUUCGGAGGUCUACAUCUGGAGCAGGCAUAGCAGUAAGCCAAUUGAGGUUUUAUCUGGACAUUCAGCAACUGUGAACUGCGUCAGCUGGAACCCGAAAAGGCCAAAAAUGUUAGCAUCAGUGAGCGACGAUCAGACAAUACGUAUCUGGGGACCAGCAUCAUCUAAGAAUGUCAAACCUGGACAAAGUUAAUGAAACAAAACAACUUGGUAAAAAAUUUACAUAGCUUAUUUUGCUUCUUGGAUUGUAUUACCACUUGUGAUGCCUUCAUAUAUUUGUAUAUUUUCGGUUGUCAUCCUUUAAAAUUUUGGCAUUUUAAGCUUCUUGUAAAAUCCAUCUCGUGUUCUCUGUUAAUGUCGAUUCAUUUUUGAGAAAGUUAGACUAGACGACUAUAGAAUUAAGGCAUUCUUUAUAAGCUUUCAUAGGCUCGGCAAAAAGCUCUGUAUUCUUUUGUAAUCGCCGGAACAGAUAUCAAUUUAGAGCUCUAGCAAAUGAAUGAUUGUAUUUCUCCUCU